AUGGUGCACUCCUUGAUUGAAGCAUAUUCCUUACUUGACCAGAUGAACAUAGUCAAGCCAAAAGUGGCCUCAAUGGAGGAGAUGGCGAGCUUCCACACGGACGCCUACCUGCAGCAUCUGCAGAAGGUCAGCGAGGAAGGGGACGAUGACCACCCGGAGUCUGUGGAGUAUGGACUGGGUUACGACUGUCCGGCUACCCAAGGGAUCUUUGAGUAUGCGGCAGCCGUGGGAGGAGCCACCAUCACCGCAGCCCAGUGCCUGCUGGAGGGCAAGUGCAAGGUAGCGAUUAACUGGCCUGGAGGGUGGCAUCAUGCAAAGAAAGACGAAGCUUCUGGCUUCUGUUAUCUGAACGACGCCGUCCUGGGGAUCCUGCGGCUGCGCCAGAAGUUUGACCGUGUCCUUUAUAUCGAUUUGGAUUUGCAUCACGGGGAUGGAGUUGAAGAUGCCUUUAGCUUCACCUCGAAAGUCAUGACUGUUUCUCUGCACAAGUUCUCGCCAGGAUUUUUCCCAGGCACCGGGGACGUGUCGGACGUUGGCCUGGGGAAGGGUCGCUAUUACAGCGUGAACGUGCCCAUUCAGGACGGUGUCCAGGAUGAGAAGUACUACCACAUCUGCCAAGCUGUGCUGACGGAGGCGUACACAGCCUUCGGCCCGGAGGCAGUGGUGCUGCAGCUCGGGGCAGACACCAUCGCCGGGGAUCCCAUGUGCUCCUUCAACAUGACGCCCGAGGGAGUGGGCAAAUGCCUGAAGUAUGUUCUGCAGCUGCCAACUCUCGUCUUGGGAGGAGGAGGCUACAACCUUGCCAACACCGCUCGCUGCUGGACAUACUUGACUGGGCUCAUCCUCGGGAAGACACUGGCCUCCGAGAUCCCCGACCACGAGUUCUUCACGGAGUAUGGCCCUGAUUACGUGCUGGAGAUCACACCGAGCUGCCGGCCAGACCGCAACGAGCCACAGAGAAUUCAGGAGAUUCUGAGCUCUAUCCGAGGGAACCUGAAGCACGUUGUUUAG